CACUGGCAUGGACUGCUUUGGACCGUUUCAGGUUAAGAUAGGUAGGCGUUGUGAGAAGAGAUGGGGCAUUAUCUUUAAGUGUCUCACUACCCGAUGUGUGCAUUUGGAUGUUCUCAAUAGUAUUGACACAGAUUCCUUCCUAAUGGCACUCCGAAGGUUCAUAGCUCGAAGGGGCACACCCUACGAGCUACUGUCUGACCAAGGCACAAAUUUCCAUGGUGGAGAGAGGGAGUUAAGAGAAACAUUUUCCACCCUUAGUUCAGAGCUUCAGAAAUUGCUUGCAAAGCAAAAAAUCAAUUUCCGUUUUAACCCACCAGGAGCACCACAUUUUGGUGGCGCAUGGGAGAGAGAAAUUCGGUCUGUGAAGCAGGCCCUUUAUACCACAGUAGGUUCACAGUCGGUGUCUGAAGAAGUACUUAAAACCGUUCUCAUCGAAAUAGAGGGAAUCUUGAACAGUAAGCCUCUGGGGUAUGUGUCAUCAAACAUUGCCGACUUGGACCCAGUUACACCUAAUUUCCUGUUGAUGGGGCGGCCUGAUAGUUCUCUACCACAGGUUGUCUAUCCCGUUAAUGAGCUGAUGGGGCGGCGGAGAUGGAGACAGAGUCAAGUGCUUACUGAACAAUUCUGGUCAAGUUUUGUCAAAUACUAUCUACCCAGUUUACAGGCCAGACAGAAGUGGCAUAAGGAGCCUCAAAACCUACGAGAAGGAAUGGUGGUCAUGCUCGUUGAUCCUCAGCUUCCUCGAGCACUUUGGUUAAUAGGCCGAAUUGUUAGAACCUUCCCCAGCCCAGAUGGUCAUGUAAGAGCUGUAGAGGUGAAGGUGAAGGAUAGACUCUAUACUAGGCCUGUUGCUCGUCUUAUUCCCCUUCCGGACAUUGAACAUCAGGACUCUGAUACUAAUAAAUCAUAAGUUUAAUAUUUUUUUUUUUUUCUCUCUGUUUGAAAUAAAUAGCAAAUAUGCAUAGCAUAUUUGGGGGCGGCAAUGUUAGAGAGAUAUUAAUUAUAAAGAGACACGGAUCACAUUAAAAGGUGCACCUCCCAGCAGGCACGAGAGUGUCUAUUAUGGGAUGUUAAAAAGGCGAAGAAGGUGCACGAGUGCCGCAAUAGUCAAUUCCGCAUUUGUUUGAUAUAAGUAAGAAUCAGCAGUGUACCGAGUUAAGAUAAGUGUGCGUUGAUGACCAGAGACCACACAUACAAAUCCACCUAUACCUAUUCGAGUACAGGUGUAUAUCUCCAAAUAAAUGAGUUCAAUUUCAAUCUAAGCUGCUGUGUGGAAUUCUCUGCAUCAUUUACCAGUGUCCUGAUCGACACUCUGGAGUGAACACAAUAAGUCCUGAACAUACUAAAGAUAUAGUGGU